CUCUUCAUCACUGAGAGCAGAACACACCGAGCGGCGUCACUUUGUCCGUGUUUCUGACACACUCACCGUUCAGCUAGCUUCUUAUUUUGUAGCUGCUUUACUGGAAAACCUGCAUUGGAGAAUCUACGAAGCAAUGGCCCAGAGAAAGAACUCCAGAACCCAGUCCAAAAAAGGCAGCAUCCUGGAUGAUGGAGGUCCAGGGAUGGAGCCACAGCUGCCUCAGAUAAACCAGCUUGAAGAUAUAACCAGGUGUGUCUUCAAACAUACGGUAGUCCAAACAGACAGCAAGGUAUCUUCACCUACAGAGGGGAAGACGCCGCCAGUAGAGAGCAAGAAUGGAAAGAGGACUGAGAAGGGAGGAGGAGGAGGAGGAGGAGGAGGAGGAGGAGGAGACGCAGGAGGAGGUCCUAAGUACUCCAUGUUCACCUGGUUCGUGGUCCUGGCUCUGCUGGGAGUCUGGAGCUCUGUGGCUGUGGUCUACUUCGACAUCGUGGACUACGACAGCGUCAUCGCCAGAGCUAAGGAGUUUCGUAUGAACUUUUCUGAAGUUUUACAAGGGAAGCUGACGGCCUACGACACAGACGGAGACGGAGACUUUGACGUGGAAGAUGCUAAAGUUCUGCUCGGACUGAAAGAGCCGAACACACCACAUGUGAGCAGUUCACCUGAGGAGGAGACAGAAACUGCAGAGAAGUUAGUGGAAACAAUGAGUCAGCACACUGCAGAGUCACAGGAGGCGGAGCCAACAGAGGCCACGCCCCCCAACACCCCACCCGAGGAGACUGCAUCAGUCCCAGAGAGCGGCCCCUCACCUGAGCACAGUGAUGAUGAAGGCUCUAGAUUUUAUGAUGUGGAGUCUGAAAUCCAAGCUGCCGUCCCUCUGCCGGCGCUGGUGGAAGACGACUUUGUACCAGACGAUCCUGGAGACGGAUCACACACUCACGAGGAUCAAGCCGACGGCAUCGACACAACUGGAGUUCUGUUGGAGGAGCCGCCGCCAGAGGAGAGCGAAGUGGAGUCGGGACAAUAUUUAACCAGCUCCAAGUUCACACAGGAAGCAGGACCAGCUGAAGAAGCAGGGAUCCAACCCGAGCCGACAGCAGCAGCAGAACCAGCACCAGCACCAGCACCACAGACUGAAACAGAAAGUGAUCCAGCAGGAGAUGGAACAACAGAGAAACAGGUCGAAGAAAAGCCCAAAGAAAAAGUCUCUCCUCCAAAGAAGAAGAAACCAAAGUUACUGAAUAAGUUUGAUAAAACCAUCAAAGCAGAAAUUGAUGCUGCAGAAAAGCUCCGCAAGAAGGGUAAGUUGGAGGAGGCACUGAGAGCGUUCGAGACGUUGGUGCAGCUUCAUCCUCAGAGCCCCCGCGCUCGCUACGGCCGAGCCCAGACGGAGGACGACAUGGCGGAGAAGAUGCGCAGUAACGACAUGCUGCAGAGAGCCAUCAACAGCUACAGAGACGCCGCUGAGCUGCCCGACGUGACGCCCGACCUCCUGAGGGCGGCGCUGAAGAGACGCGCCGAGCGACAGCAGUUCCUGGGUCGGAUGCGUGGCUCUCUGGCGACUCUGGAGCGGUUGACUCAGAUCUUUCCGGAAGACAUCGGUCUGAAGAACGACCUGGGCGUCGCCCACCUGUUGCUAGGAGACAACAAGGGUGCCAAGAAGGUGUACGAGGAGGUUCUGGCGGCUGCCCCCAGCGACGGCUUCGCCAAAGUUCACUAUGGCUUCAUCCUGAAGUCUGAGAAUAAGAUAGCAGAGAGUAUUCCAUACCUGAAGGAGGGCUUGGAGUCGGGUGAACCAGGGACAGACGACGGGCGUUUUUAUUUCCACCUGGGCGACGCCCUGCAGAGGGUCGGAGACAACAGUGCCUACCACUGGUACGAGUUGGGUCACCAACAUGGCCACUUCGCCUCAGUGUGGCAGAGGUCUCUGUACAACGUGGACGGACUGAAGGCUCAGCCGUGGUGGACGCCCAAAGAGACGGGCUACACCGACCUGGUGAAGACGCUGGAGAGGAACUGGAAGACGAUCAGGGACGAAGCUCUGGCUGUGAUGGACCAGAGCACCAGAUCGUUCAUACCUGAGGACGAGAACCUGAGAGAGAAGGGAGAGUGGGGCCAGUACACACUGUGGCAGCAAGGGAAAAAAGUUGGAAAUUCCUGUCAGGGAGUCCCAAAGACCUGCGCACUGCUGGAGAGAUACUCUGAGGCUACAGGCUGCAAGAGAGGACAGAUUAAGUUCUCCGUCAUGCAGCCUGGUACUCAUGUGUGGCCUCACACUGGUCCCACUAACUGCAGACUGAGGAUGCAUCUCGGCCUCGUCAUCCCCAAACAAGGCUGCAGGAUCCGCUGCACCGACCAGACCAGGGAGUGGGAGGAGGGUAAAGUCCUGAUCUUCGACGACUCCUUCGAGCACGAGGUUUGGCAGGAAGCCGACAGUUACCGCCUCAUCUUCAUCGUGGACGUGUGGCACCCGGAGCUGACGGCGUACCAGCGGCAGACUCUGAGCCCCAUCUAGAUGAACGCGAGCUCGCCGAGGACGAAGCCGGACGUCAGCGUCACGUCUGAUGGACCGGCUGGUUCUUCUCCUGCGGACAGACUGAGAAACCCUGAGAAGAAUCACGACGGACUGACCGGCGAUCAUUUUAUGUUUUUGUGGAUAAACUACUAAAGUUGUGGAAGACUGAUGGAGGAUGGAACCAUCAGACUGAAGGUGGGAUGAAGACAGUUACUACUGACUGUACAACCAGACAGAACACAUACGGUACUCGUUACAGCCCGUUUGGACCAAACCGGGCUCAGUCAGCCCCGGUUCUCUUGUGAUGGACUUCAAAAUGUAUUUUCUGGAUGUGGAGAUGAUUCCAGGUGUUACAGACCAGCUCUGUUGUUUCUUGCCUUCAUGUCACUGAUUGAGUUGUUGAAACACUAAAACGUCGACCCGAUGGCGGGAACACGGCGCCGAGAACGUCGUGGAAACGUCGCGGUCAACGAAUCGAAGCCUUAAUCUGACUCGACCACUGUGCAUCACUUGAGUUCAUCCAGCCGGGGCUUUAAUCCACCUUCUCAUCACUUUUGCACAGUAACAAGGAAACACGAGAUGUUAUCAAAGAUGAUUUAUAUUUAUAUUAAAAAUUAAAAACCACUGAACAAAUC